CUAACUUUAUUAUUUUUAUCUCUCUGGAUAUUUCAGGUUGUAAAAGCUAAGAUUAAGACUCCAAGAAUAACUGGAGUUAUACCUUUAGUCCGAGUCCGAAACCCCUGGGGUAAUGAGACAGAGUGGAGAGGCACAUGGGCAGAUAAUGCCAAGGAGUGGUCGUUUAUUCCAGAGGAAGAAAAGGAGGCCUUGGGAAUAACCUUUAGUGCUGACGGAGAGUGGUGGAUGGCAUUCAAGGACUUCAAAGAGCAUUUUGACCAGGUUGAGGUGUGUAACCUAAGUCCUGAAUGUUUGGAAUCCUGCGGCUUAGACAAAAGAUUUCAGUGGUGUGUAAACAGCUUUAACAGUGCUUGGAUAUCUGGAGAAACUGCUGGGGGUUGCAGAAAUUAUAUCGACACGUUUGCCUUGAAUCCUCAGUUCAAACUUACACUGGAAGACAGCUCAGAGGACGAGGAUUCACUUUGUACACUUAUAGUCUCCUUGAUGCAAAAGAAUAGAAGAGCAAUGAGAGAUGAGGGUCUGGCCUAUCUUAGUCUUGGAUUCGUCAUAUAUAGGCUGAAGCCGGAGAUGUCAGCUGAUGAAAGAGUAGAUGUGGACUUCUUCAAGUACAAUUUGAGUGUGGCGAGAUCAAAAUCAUUUAUCAACCAACGGGAAGUUACGCAGCGGUUUAGACUUGAACCAGGUCGAUAUCUUAUUGUUCCCUCCACCUAUGACCCAGGAUACGAGGGAGAAUUUCUGCUAAGAACAUUUUCUGAGAAGUCUUCAACCUGCAAACAGAUUCCAUAGAACAGAUUCCAUAGAACAGAUUCCAUAGAACAGAUUCCAUAGAACAGAUUCCAUAGAACAGAUUCCAUAGAACAGAUUCCAUAGAACAGAUACCAUAGAACAGAUUCCAUAGAACAGAUACCAUAGAACAGAUUCCAUAGAACAGAUACCAUAGAACAGAUUCCAUAGAACAGAUUCCAUAGAACAGAUUCCAUAGAACAGAUUCCAUAGAACAGAUUCCAUAGAACAGAUUCCAUGGAACAGAUUCCAUAGAACUAAGAAGAAAAACAUUUAAAAUAAUUUACAAAAAGUUUUUUGUUAUAUUUUAUAUUUAUAUUUUGCUUGUCUGUUCGCAUCCAAUAAACGUCAUAACGGCUGAGCCGAGUGGGAACUCUCAUGACCCCGGGUAAGGUUUAUGGACCAUCAAGAUCGAUUUUUGUAAAAUCCGCUUAACUUUGAGAAUGAUUAUAAAUGGCCGACUUUCAAAGCAACAGUUAAAAACAAAACAUUAUUUCAGGAAAGGGGACGCGAAUCGUCACAAAAGCCUAGUAUUUUCAUGCAAAUUAAAUACUCAGUCUGCGAAGCUUAGCAUAAUAUCAAAAUAUUGAGAGAGGUGAAAAUUGUGACCCAAAUCUGCUAUAAUUAUUGUUAUAAUUUUCCUUUUAAAUGUUUUUUUUUUGCAUGCAUGUGUUUGCACAACUCAAGAAACCCCAAGUAGGCUGUUGGAAAUUAUUUUCAAAUCAGUAACUUGUCAUAUGUAUAAUCUUUCUUAUCUAAUUUUAAAGUUAGAAUAAUAAAAGAAAAUAGAAAAAAUAAAACUCAAAUUUAAAAUUAGAUAGGUUAAAUAUCAAGCAGCAUCACUCCCCUUAUAAUUAUGUGGUGACCCUAAAGUACAUAUCACACACUUUUCCCAUGAACAUGUUAUAUUUAUGUCAGCUUUUUCUCGCCAAAAUGACAAGAACUAAUUAAAUCAGUAUAGUUAGAUAUAUCGUAAGUUAUAUCACUUUCCAGCGCUAAAAAAAAACAAUUAAAGAACACCCAAUUAAAAUAUUUUUGCUAAUAUUUUUUUCCUUUCUUCUGAACUAAAAUGGUGCUGCCCCGUAAAAAAUGUAGUAUUGUGUCAUUGUCUUCCGAAUCUGUUUUACUAGAUAAAUUUAACAAUUUACACUACUGUGAAAUGAACUACUUGUUAUUAUUGUUAAUAAAUGCUUUAAACUUCA